AUGCCUACUUUAGCUGCUGCCACUGCUACGCCUCUGUUGGACGCUACUGCCGUCACUGCUCUUCCGGCCCUAAAGAUGGGAUUAAGAAUUUACUGCUUUACGUACCUUCAUCUUUUGUCUCUAAAGAUGAGUUUUUCUUUCAAUCUUCGCUCUGUCCGGAGUAUUAGGGUUUAUCAUGGCAACUGGCAAACCAAUGCAGUGAUGAGUCACUGUGACUCUGAUAUCAUCUAUCUCUAG